AAAGUUACAUUAGCUUGUACCAUCUGUCGCAAAAAGAAAGUAAAGUGUGAUGGUGUUCAGCCUACUUGUUCUAGAUGCGAUUCGGUUGGCAUCGACUGUCAAUACUCGGACCCUCCAAAGAAGCGAGGCCCACCUAAGGGAUAUGUUGAAGUGAUCACCAACCGCGCUCAUAGGAUCGAG